AUGUACUGCAUCAAGACCGGCACCUGCGUGGUGUUCAUCGUCUCACUCACCAAGGCAACAAGAACCGAUGCGAAGAACGUGUCCUCACCCGGAUCCACGUCGUCAACUGGUACUGGGCGCGCUCCGUGGACGCCGCAAAUCCGCGCCGUCGUCACGUGA